GAAACUUUGAUGCUCUUUAACACUGGGUUUUGUCGACAAUCGGCUCUCCCCGUGUGUGUUCUGCACACACUAAACACGAAUCUGAUCCAAAAGGUUAACACUUUAUUUAUUUUAAUAUUUAUAAUCGCCGUUUGUGUGUGCAGAGACAUAACUCGAAACCAGAACACAACUGUAAAAGAGUCUGAGAAAUUGGUCGGGUAGGGAGGGAAAGAGGUUUUAAUAGUCUCCUGUCUCCUAGCUCGCGGCCACUUCGCCGCCAAGACUCUGAUUGGGCCGCCAUUGAUGAACCCAGACCCAGUCACAGACAUAACGUGAAUGUUCUGUCUAUUUCAAUCUCCCCUUUAUAUAUUACUAUCUCACACGGAGACACUUAAUUAAAAAAAAAAAGAACUUUAUUCUUUUGCUGGAUCUUGAAGAUACUAAAAAAUCAAAACCAUCGGCCAAAACAUCGUUUGACUUCUUCUUUGUUGUUUGUUGCGUCAUUGCUUGUUACGGAGCCAAAGGUUUUGAACAUCGAGGGAUUUACGGUCCGUGAACCGCGUGGAGGCUACAAGAAGAGGGUUCUAUAAAGAAAAAAAGAAACCAGAUUUUGAAGUAGUUGUGAUUUGAGAUGAAGGGUGUAGAAAGAAGUAAAGGUGAUGAUGAGUUCUUUGAUUCAUCUGAUGUUCUUCUGUCCGUAGAUGAAGAAGAGUUUGAAGUUUGGUCAGGUGAGCCAGUUAGUGUUGAGGAACGUCGUGAACGGUUCCUCAAGAAAAUGGGUCUACUCGAGGAGAAACAGAAACCCAUGUGUUUGGAGAGGAUAAAUGAUGAGAGCGAUGAGGUUACUAGCUCUUCAGAGUCAUCUUGUGGCGAGUGUUGUGUUAGGGAAGAGAACUACGGAUCAACUAAUUCAAUGUCUGAUGAGGAAGAGACGGAAUCAGAGCAAAACUCAAGCAACGCUUCUUCAAGUCCAUCUCCGAGUUUAAGCAAGAAGAGGAGUGCGAAGAAAUGGUUGUUCGAGUGCUUUGUAGGGGAACAUGGUAAAGAUUUCAAGGAAGAAGUGAUGAUGAGCAAAGUGAAAGUGAAGACUAACAAGAAGAGUCAUGUGGAGUUAUCCGCCGCUUACAAGGUACAAGAGAUUAAUGGGCACAAAGGGAAGAUUUGGGCGUUGAAGUUUAGUUCUGAUGGUAAGUUUUUAGCAACGGGAGGCGAAGAUGGAGUUGUGAAGAUAUGGAGAAUCACGUUAUCAGCUUCUUUUGUCGGACAAGAGCUGAUGAGGGAGCAAGAAGCGUUGGUUAUGUUCCCUCAGAAAGCUUUUUAUAUAGAAGAAACACCGUUUCAGGAACUUUAUGGUCACGCCGGAGAUGUCUUGGACUUGGCAUGGUCAGACUCAAAUCUGCUUCUUUCGGCUUCUAAGGACAAGACAGUUCGGUUAUGGAGAGUUGGUUGUGAUGAGUGUCUUCAUGUCUUUCAUCAUAACAACUACGUGACGUGUGUUCAGUUCAACCCUGUGAAUAAGAACAACUUCAUAAGUGGUUCCAUAGAUGGAAAAGCUCGAAUCUGGGGUUUAUCAGAAGAGAGAGUCGUCGCUUGGACCGAUGCUCGUGACUCCAUCUCAGCCAUCUGUUACCAAAACGACGGAGAUGGGUUCGUGGUUGGUUGCAUCACGGGAGAUUGCAGGUUCUAUAAAAUCGCAGGUAACGAAGUGUUAACGGAGGAGCAGAUUCAUAUCAGGGGACGGAACAGAAUCACCGGCUUAGAGUUUUGUCCGGGAAGCUCCGAGAAAGUCAUGGUAUCUUCCGAUGACACGAAGCUCCGGAUUUUUGAUAGAUCACAAAUCCUUCAUAAGUUCAAAGCUUCUGCGAAAUUUGGAAGACAGUCGUCUGCGUCGUUUGUCGGGAAACAUAUUUUAUCAGUGCGAAGAGGUCACGGUGUCUACCUCUGGGACAACGAUAGCUUUCCGGCGAAGUCGUCAAGUUCGUUCGAGUAUUUUAACUCGCCGGGUGUUUCCGUCGCGGCGGCUUGGUCUCCGACGGGUAAGAAAGUGGCCGGAGAAGACGACGAAUCGCUGCGGGCGUUGAGAGGGAUUCAGAGCUCCGGGAGAUUGUCUCGUUCCUCUCGUGUGACCGCCACGUGGCCUGAGGAGAAGCUUACGUCCUCCGAAGGCGGCGCGUGGAGACUGGUGAUUGUUACGGCGAGUUUUGAUGGGGUGAUUAGGACAUUCCAUAAUUAUGGACUGCCACGUAAAUUGUAGAAAUAUAGAGGUUUCGGUUGUAAUUUUCUAGAAAUUAGUAAAGCUGACAUGUUGAUACCAUCUAUCUUAU